AUGUUUGGAUCUUGCGCUCGAGUAUCCCUGGUUCCAUUCUUGCGCCGUCAGGCUCAGUCUUCUAUUUCGGUUAGGAUGUGCUACGAUGUGAGAAACAAGAUCAGCGGAGCAUACGAUCCAGUCCUUAAGAGAGACGGCCCGUCGAUUGUAAGAAAUGGCUAUCCAGCCUUCUUUACACGGCCAACUUUUGUCGAGCAAAUUAAAGCUGAGAGGACUUUGGACGACACAAGUCUUGGUGUGAUUCCAACGAAACUGCAGAAAAAGUUGUUGGUUUUAAUGCAUGUUUACGAUAGCCAGGCUGAUAUUCCUCACUAUGUGCCGCAUGGCACUAUGAAUCGCAUGCACAGCCGUCUACGCUUCUUUACAAUUUUCCUUCCUGUUAGUUUCCUCAUGGCCUUCGCAUUCUAUUAUAGGGAAAACUUCCAUUGA